UUGUUCAUGUGGAAACUGGACUUCAGAUUUAAAUUUGGGAAAUUCUGGUUCUGUCAGGGAGAGAAAGAGAGAAAGAGUCUGAUGUCUGCUGGUGAAGCCAGGCUGGCUUUUAAUAUUUAAGCUAAAUAUACUUUGGUAAUAAUAAUAAUAAUAAUAAUAAUACUAAGUACUGUUUGUCAUUUGUAUUUUGUGUAUUUUUGUGUAUUUUGUGUAUUUUUGUAUCAGUGUGUAAUCCUAUUUAAAGUGUUUGAACUGACUUUAUGGUUUGAGAGAGACAGACCCACAUUUAGAGGAGUGAAGUCUGUGCUACUCCCAGGCUUCACCAGCAGGAGGGAGUUUUGUGGUUUUUGGGGAAGGUCCUCGUCCGCGUCUGGAGGCGCAGCAGCAGCACAGGAUCCGCGGAACGGAAGCUGUAGGGAAGCUGCGGCUGCAUGGAGACUGUGAGCAGCAGCAUGUCGGAUUCCUCACACAGCCCCGGAGUGAGUGAUGUGAUGGAGACGUACACGCAGGUGAGCUUCGGGCAGGUGAAGAACGGCGCGGAUGUGGCGCGUGUGUCGUGCCUCGCGCGCAGUUUCGGUGACGUGGAUCCGCUGUGCGUUCUGUCCGCCCCGAACCCCGGCGGCGCGAGCCAGGACCGCGCGGAGGACUUUCUGAAAAUCGAACCGGGACCGUGGGAGGACAUCACGGACAAAGCGUUCUCCUUCAAGGAGACCACGAACUUAGAAAUCUCCACCACAGACGCGUGUAAGUUUAUUAAAGACGAGCGGGAACCGGCGCUGAUCACGGCUCCUCCGCGCGCCGCCUUCGACAUUUCGCAGAGUAUCGACGCGCUGGAUAUCGCCGUGUCCGCCGCUUCCCUCGCCCCGGUCCAGGCGCCGCUGAUGGACUCCAGCGCGGGAGUCAUGGUGGAUAUUCCUCAGCCGGGUGCGGUAGUGCCUCUGCCCCAGAUGAAGCCCGAGGCGGCCGCUGCGCUCGGCUUUGACGCGGCGGCAGUGUGUAAGAGUCAGAUGGGAGGAUGGGACUCGCACCUGUGGUUUUCCGCCGCGCUGGCUGAGGAGCGGCCCGGGCAGAUGAGCUUCUCACCUCCGGAAGGCAUCCACAGCUCGGGCUUCAUACAGCGCUCUCCCGCGGUGUUCAGCGCCUUCCCGGGCGUGCAUACACAGAGAGCGUGUGUGAUCUGCGGAGACGAGGCUUCGGGAUGCCACUACGGAGUCCUGACGUGUGGAAGCUGCAAGGUGUUCUUCAAGAGAGCAGUGGAAGGACAUCAUAACUAUUUGUGCGCCGGGCGGAAUGACUGCAUUGUGGAUAAGAUCAGGAGGAAAAACUGCCCUGCGUGUCGUCUCAGAAAAUGCUACCAGGCCGGGAUGAUGCUCGGAGGUCGUAAGUUGAAGAGAUUCGGUGUUCUGAAGGCCAUGGGUGUCGGCCCGUCCCUGAUGUUCCAGGGCCACGCUUUGGCCUCCAUGCCAUGCGUUCCUGGGAUCCAAGAGCUGCAGUUUUCACCUCAAUUUAUAAACAUCCUUGAGAACAUUGAACCUGAGAUGGUCUACUCGGGCUUUGAUAACUCCCAACUUGAACUGCCACAUGUGCUCCUGAACAGCCUGAACAGACUGUGUGAGAGACAGCUGCUGUGGAUCGUCCGCUGGUCCAAGGCUUUACCAGGUUUCCGCAAUUUACACAUCACCGAUCAGAUGACCCUGAUCCAGUACUCCUGGAUGAACCUGCUGGUGUUCUCUCUGGGCUGGAGAACCUUCCAGAACGUCUCCACUGAUUUCAUGUACUUUGCUCCUGAUCUCAUCCUCAGCCAUGACCGGCUGAGGACGACUCCGAUAUACGACCUGUGCUUGGCCAUGCAGGUGAUCCCUCAGGAGUUCGCAAGGCUGCAGGUCACCAGAGACGAGUUUCUGUGCAUGAAGGCCCUGAUGCUGCUCAACACCGUUCCUUUAGAGGGUUUGAAGAGUCAAAGCCAGUUUGAUGAGAUGAGACAGAACUACAUCCGAGAGCUGAGUAAAGCCAUCCAGAUGAAGGAGAAAGGUGUGGUGGGAAGCUCACAGCGUUUCUACCACCUCACCAAACUCAUGGACUCCAUGCAUGAGAUAGUGAAGAAGGUCAACCUGUACUGCCUCAGCACCUUCAUCCAGGCCGACGCCAUGAAGGUGGAGUUUCCCGAGAUGAUGUCAGAGGUCAUCGCGUCACAGCUCCCGAAGGUUCUGGCCGGCAUGGUCAGGCCCCUCCUCUUUCACGGGAAAUGAUGUCAUGACACAGUGGAGUGGAUUGUGGGAUACGGACGAGUGCCUUUCAGCUUUCGGCUCAGAGACGAGAUCUGGGAGAAUUUUUUUUUUUUUUAUGCUCUCAUGGAGAAAGAUGUGUAAUGGGUCCAUCACUGCUUUUGUUCUGAUGUUUAGAAGAUAAAAAUUUAACAUUUUCUGUAAUUGUCUCUCUGAGGAACAUCUCAGUCCUACGGUAUAAUUCCCUGGUGGCAAAUUUACAACUAAAACACCACUUUAUAUGUUACACUUCAUCUUUUUUUAAAAAAAAAAAAAAAAAAAGGACUCCAUCCCUGAUGAAGAAAGAAUGAAUUUGCAGCAACCUCUCUGGCUCUGAAACGUCUCCUGCGUCUCGAGCUUUCCCGUGUACUUUAAUAUUGUCAGGACUACAGAAUAACAUGCAGCGGUUGUGUGGCGUAAAUCUGUCAGACGACAUUAAAGAGUUAAUGUAAGACGUGUCAUUUCCGGGACCUGACCUCAGCAGACCUGGAGAUGGAGGGAGGAUCAUUCCGGCAUCAUCAGUCAAGGUCGUGGCACAUUCUUCUGCAUUUAAAUGGAAAAGAACACGGAGAUCCUGGCGCCGGUCUGCUCCGUCUUCUUCUGUAGCUGCUGAUGACUGUGUGUUGUUUCUUUUUGUGCAUGUUGCUCAGAGUUAUUAAGACUUAAUGAGGUCAUGGUGUAGAAAUUUAUUGACAGUAAAACAUUCACAUUUGUGAAAAAAAAAAAAAAAAAAAAAACUA